AUGGAAAGUACAAAUAAAGAAGAGGAUUUUACGGUGCAGGGACUCGGAACCCCAGUACCGGUCGGGAGCCGUGGUGAGAUGGCAGGCCACACCCGAUCGUCAACCAGCGACUGCAAAGAUACCAAUGUGGAAAUCCAGGCUGGGUUUGAUAGCCCGGCGAGUUCACAAGAUGUUUAUGCUUUCAACAAGAGUCAAAAGAUCUCGAGAUCGCCUAUCAGAAAGAUAGCAAGAGAAGUGGCACAAGGAACAUCAGAGGGAAGAAAACGGGUGAAUGCGCUAACAGGCCACAUAUUCCUAAAUGCCCAAGCGAGAGACAGCGAUGAAGAACAAGCGCGAGAAAAAAGGAAAAGAGAAACAACUCCAGUAAAAAGCGAAAAGGAAAAGGCAGAAUCCACGAGGAAUGCUGAGAAAGAAUAUAAUGCCCUUAAAGACAUAGCAAAGAGAAUGGCAGAAGAAUUAGAAAUGGUUAAGUCUGUAAUCACAGAGAUACCGAAUACGAAGAAAGAAAUAAAAAACGCUAUCAAGAAACUAGAUGGGUAUGUAAAUAGAAUGCCUAAGGCGUUAGGUGUCAUGGCAGAGGUAGUUGAGGGACUCAAAACAGAAGGAAGAAUAGAUAAACGAGAAAAGCCGGAAGUCAGACCACAAACACAGAUGCAGAAACAAAGUCCAAACAAAACCAGAGAAAUAGGCACUCAAACAACGGAAUGGAGUGAGGAAAAGUCUACAAUCCUCAUGAGAAUUGGGGACGGACUGAGAAAUGAAAUAAAAGAAGAAGAAGUUGAAGAAGUGAUAGACCUAUCUUGGCCAGAGGAUGCCUUUGAAAGAUGCAGACGAAGCAUAGAAACAGAGCUCAUAGGCGAGGAAAGAAGCGUCAUUAUAAUAACAAAAGAAGGUGAAAAGGAAACGAACAAUUUUAUAAAGAAGGCAACAGAAAGAAAUCUACAAAUCUCUAGAAUUGUAGAACAAGAAAAGCUGGAAGCGGGAAAAAUGGUCGGAACGAAAACGGUCAGUGAGAUGAUGGCCGAAAAAGAGGGAUUCGAAGAGGCAUUGAUACGGUAUACGUACAUAAUCUCCACCAAUGGGGCUAAGGCUGGAAUAGAUAGAAUUAGUCUUAGAGAUAAUCUUAGAAACAUAGCAGAAAUAACCAAAACAUGUGGUCACAGUGAAAUUGCCUGCGUAGUUACGAAACAAGUAGAUGGUACGAGUACGAGAAAAUGCUUGGAAUGGGUAGGCAGAGAACAGGAUAUGAACUGGGUCCUAUAUAAAGGUGUAGACCAAAAAACAGAAUGGGAAGGAGCAAGGAAAAGAAGAGAGGAAGACGUAAUCAUACUGAAGCCUGCUGAUGGAACAUCGUAUGCCCAACUGGUCAAAAGCAUGGAGGAUACAGUGGAUACUGAAGGAAUAACGAUUGAUAAAAUCAAUAAAACCAACAAUGGUAAUGUGCAAAUAAAGAUUAAAGGAAAAGAGGAAAAGAGCAGAUCACUAUUUCGAGCAACACUGACCAAAAAACUAGAAGGAGUAGCUAAUAUUCAUUUCAAACAAAAAACACAAACUUUCAUGAUCCUAGAUAUUGAUGAGACAGUAGAAGAAGAAGAAGUCAGAAGGGUAUUAUCUAAAGAAACGAAUAGUGGACACUCAGAAGAAAUGCGAAUGAAAUUAUCGGAGAAAAUAAACGAUAGAGGGCUCAAAUACGCCUUCAUCACCCUAGGAGAAGAUAGUGCUAAGCUAAUCGAGAAUAGAAGAAGAAUUGGAAACGGAUGGAAUAGAUGGCGUAUAAAGAAAGUUGACGAAGUCAAGAAAUGCUAUAGGAGUCAAAAGAUCUCGAGAUCGCCUAUCAGAAAGAUAGCAAGAGAAGUGGCCCAAGGAACAUCAGAGGGAAGAAAACGGGUGAACUCGCUAACAAGCCACAUAUUCCUAAAUGCCCAAGCGAGAGACAGCGAUGAAGAACAAGCGCGAGAAAAAAGGAAAAGAGAAACAACUCCAGUAAAAAGCGAAAAGGAAAAGGCAGAAUCCACGAGGAAUGCUGAGAAAGAAUAUAAUGCCCUUAAAGACAUAGCGAAGAGAAUGGCAGAAGAAUUAGAAAUGGUUAAGUCUGUAAUCACAGAGAUACCGAAUACGAAGAAAGAAAUAAAAAACGCUAUCAAGAAACUAGAUGGGUAUGUAAAUAGAAUGCCUAAGGCGUUAGGUGUCAUGGCAGAGGUAAUUGAGGGACUCAAAACAGAAGGAAGAAUAGAGAAACGAGAAAAGCCGGAAGUCAGACCACAAACACAGAUGCAGAAACAAAGUCCAAACAAAACCAGAGAAAUAGGCACUCAAACAACGGAAUGGAAGGAUGCCUUUGAAAGAUGCAGACGAAGCAUAGAAACAGAGCUCAUAGGCGAGGAAAGAAGCGUCAUUAUAAUAACAAAAGAAGGUGAAAAGGAUACGGACAAUUUUAUAAAGAAGGCAACAGAAAGAAAUCUACAAAUCUCUAGAAUUGUAGAACAAGAAAAGCUGGAAGCGGGAAAAAUGGUCGGAACGAAAACGGUCAGUGAAAUGAUGGCCGAAAAAGGGGGAUUCGAAGAGGCCUUGAUACGGUAUACGUACAUAAUCUCCACCAAUGGGGCUAAGGCUGGAACAGAUAGAAUUAGUCUUAGAGAUAACCUUAGAAAAAUAGCAGAAAUUACCAAAACAUGUGGUCACAGUGAAAUUGCCUGCGUAGUUACGAAACAAGUAGAUGGUACGAGUACGAGAAAAUGCUUGGAAUGGGUAGGCAGAGAACAGGAUGUGAACUGGGUCCUAUAUAAAGGUGUAGACCAAAAAACAGAAUGGAAAGGAGCAAGGAAAAGAAGAGAGGAAGACGUAAUCAUACUGAAGCCUGCUGAUGGAACAUCGUAUGCCCAACUGGUCAAAAGCAUGAAGGAUACAGUGGAUACUGAAGGAAUAACGAUUGAUAAAAUCAAUAAAACCAACAAUGGUAAUGUGCAAAUAAAGAUCAAAGGGAAAGAGGAAAAGAGCAGAUCACUAUUUCGAGCAACACUGACCGAAAAACUAGAAGGAGUAGCUAAAAUUCAUUUCAAACAAAAAACACAAACUUUCAUGAUCCUAGAUAUUGAUGAGACAGUAGAAGAAGAAGAAGUCAGAAGGGUAUUAUCUAAAGAAACGAAUAGUGGACACUCAGAAGAAAUGCGAAUGAAAUUAUCGGAGAAAAUAAACGAUAGAGGGCUCAAAUACGCCUUCAUCACCCUAGGAGAAGAUAGUGCUAAGCUAAUCGAGAAUAGAAGAAGAAUUGGAAACGGAUGGAAUAGAUGGCGCAUGAAGAAAGUUGACGAAGUCAAGAAAUGCUAUAGGUAUAUUCUAUUGAAUAUGUUGAACAUUCUCCACCUAGUGCAGAUCAAAUCGAAGAAGAAUUAUGAAAGCGGUACAGAGACUUCUUUGAUCCUAGAUCAUGUUCACCUGGGGGCCACCAUGCUGUGUCGUCUUGUCGCUGUCGAUGAAGAGGUUUUGAAAGUAGUAGGGCGUAUUAGUCAUUACGAUCUUCUUUAA